AUGCAAGUGACUCAUACGCUGGCUACGGAUGCUAUGGGAGGUAUGCUUUUGACUGCUGUGGGCACAACGGAUGUUUUGGGGGCUGUGGAUGUGGUGGCGGCUGUGGCUGCUGGCAUGGCGGAGGAUGCUGCGGUUGCGGCUGUGGCAGUGCCUGUCUUCCACGCCUGUGGAAUUGUGGAAGAUGGCCUUAAAACAGAGUGA